GGGCGGUGCUGAACGCCAAAACAGGAGGAGCGUGCUCAGUGUUCGCACACGCGGCGAUUAAAAAGUGAAGUUUCACCGUCCAACGCGGGAUUAAAUGUGACGGAGAAGCCUGACAAACACAUCGCGAAAUGUGUGCGGGAGUUUAAAUUAAGUCGAAUUUUUGUUUUGGGUUUUUUAUUUAGUCUUUCCCGCGCUUGGUAGUUUUAUGCUAACUGGAAGUGCUCGAAAGUCGCCAUGGCUUUGAUAGCCACGGAGCAGGGCAACAAAAUGAACGGAACGUCGGCGGUUUAUGGCCGGGUUGGGCCCAGGAAAGACGCCGCUCACGGGAAAGGCCAACCGAAAGAGGCGGACUAUUCCACGGACGGACUGCCCAAAGCGUUUCUUCACAGCCUGCGGACCUUGUUUGACAUCCUGGACGACGCCGGUCGCGGCUACGUCCACAUAUCGGAGAUCGAGAGCCGCUGGCAGGGCGCCGACACUCGGGAACUACCCGGCGGGGUGUUGAGUUGCCUCCGACGGGUCACCCCACCGCACGGCUGCCUGACUUUUGAGCGCUUCGUGGCGGGGCUGCGCUACUCCAUGCUUAACCCGGAGAACCGAUGCCAGUUGAAGGCGCAGGCGGCCGUGCCCCCGCAGCCCGCCCCGAGGUCCGCGGGCACCCGGGCGGAGAACAAGGUCCGUCCGCUGGGGCCGAGCAACGUGACCAACAUCCAGCCGCACCGCGCGUCCUCCCUCAUGAGCCGGUCCAGACCCGAGGAUGGAGGUGGCCACCCUGCGUGCGCUCCGGCGCGGUACGGUGCGGGCUACGAGAGACCAGGUCGGAGUUUGGAGCGGAUCCCGGGCGCCCAGGAGGCCGCCGGGUCUUACCGGGUGGAGUCGGGUCACGUCUCAAAAACACCCCAGCCGCAGACCCGGGUCAGGUCCAUCGAAUCGCUGGCCCUGGAGUUACCACAGCUCCAAGGAUCAAGUGUCGCCAAAUCCAAUCUGCCCAGAUCCCAAAGCGAGUCCGCGACGGGCUUCGCGGGGGGCUCCAGGCGGCCCAGCCGCAGUCGCGAGGAGCAGCGGCGCCACACCAUCACCAGCGGCGUGGACUACGAAAUGUUGAAGCAAAUGAAGGAGCUGGAGCAGGAGAAGGACUCCCUGCUGGCGGGCCUGGAGGUGGUGGAGCGUGCCAGAGACUGGUACCAGGGCCAGAUCCACAAUGUCACCGAGAGACAGCGGCAGGUCGGGCAGAACUCCCAAUGCACGGACUUUUUCACAGAAGCCAACCAGAGUCGUAUCAACAUUCUCAUCCCCAAAUUACAAGAAGUCAACCGCUGCCUCAAUGACCUCAUUUGCUGUACUGGAAUGUCAUCCUUCCCUUCCAACGGCGGUCAGACGGCGGUGCUCUCCGCGAGCUCGCAGCCUCCAGUUCCAGCUCCACCACAAGCCAUCAUGAGACUGAAGGACCAGAACAGACUCCUCACACAGGAAGUGACGGAGAAGAGCGAGCGCAUCGCCCAGCUGGAGCAGGAGAAGUCCGCGCUGAUAAAGCAGCUGUUCGAGGCGCGUUCCCGCAGUGUCCAAGACACCAGCACCAUGGACUCCACCUUCAUCUGACCUCUCCGCAGCAGGUCGGAUUUCUGAGACUGACACUGUCGCGACCCGUUUACCCGACUGACCCUCUGUUGGCGUCGACGCACCUUUUUCAACACCCCUCGACUCUCCGCGAGCUAAUUGCGCGCCGCAAGAGGCAGAAACACUUCCGAGUCGCUGGACUCCAACCGCUUGAAUUUUGUUUACAAUAAUCCCCGCUCUUCAUAGAAACCCGUAUCUAUAGUUAACACUAUAACUGUACCAUAAAACUAUGAUCUUAAAAUCCUGUAUCAUUUCGCACUUAUCUGACACUACCGUGAAAAAUAAAUAGUUAAUAGAUUUAUAGAUUUUGAGAAAUGCACCGGAUGUGCGCAUGUACAUGCAAAGAAGACUCGCUGUAACUUUCACUAACAACCCAGGUUAAACUUAGCUCGUCCUCGACAUACAAAGCCGGCCGGUACAAAGUGAGAUGCAUCGGUGGUGCCUUGAGAUACCCUUCAGAGUUUUGCACGGCACAAGCCGUCAUUUGACUUGCGAGCGCAAACGUGCGAUACGAGCGUUUUAUCGUAGAGGUAAACUCAAUUGAAGUCACUUCACAAUAAGCAAAUCGUGAAAAAUGCCGUCGAAAAAGAGGCUUCAAGCCGUUUAACGCCACUCACGCCCAGUUGAACUAAAAGAGGAAAACACGGUUUGUAUUUCAAACAAGCGAGCUAUGUUGCCGAAAGAAUGCCCCCACUUGCUUGAUGCUAACAUAAAUGGAAAAUACUACCGACAUGCUAACGGUUAGCAUGAGUAAUUGUGGUUUUACAACUCUUUAAGAAACACAUUUUUUGAACAAUAACCAUGGAACGGCACAGGAAGGGAUAAUAUAACAAAACUCAGAGGCAUAUAUUCUUUAUCCUCUGCAAAAAAUGACUUAACAACUCAAGUCGUACUACUAGUAGUAGAUAGAAGAGGGCUGUUCUUCGUAUGUGUCUGCUCGGCUAUAUUAUGCAAUACUGCCUCCCGGUGGCCAAGGGAGGCACACCAGAAGGAAUAAUAAUCAUAACUUUUUAAAUGCUUGAUGUCUUCUAAACAAAAACAAAAUAAUUGGUGUUUUUCUGGGUGGUAGCCGGAACGGAGCGAUGGCAUUUCCGUCAAUUUCAAUAAUUUCAGAAGUGUCGCGUUACAAGCGCAGUCACGGCAUGAACUCGUUAUCUUCAAUUUACCGCUGCACUUCCUUUGUACCAAUUACCGUACUAUGUCCUAUUUAGAUGGGCUUUGGUGCAAUUUUGUGGCAUUUAGUGUGUUUCAGGUAGAGCACAAAACCGUGAUUUUGAAUAGGUGAGUUUUUUUUUUUUUAAGCGACUAGCUAGGGGUAUUUUCCACCCCAAAAUAUCUGGUAUAGGUAAAUUUUUCAAUACCUAAACCUUCUGUUUACUUUAUUAUUAUUUUUUUAAAGUUUGAUUCUUAAUCUAAACCAUAAAGUUGACCCCUUUUCCCUUACAGUAGUCCCUCAUUAUUAAGAAAAUCCUACACUGACUCUCUGGUUGGCGUGUUGUUGUUUUUUUUUAAAAAUCCAAACGCGAAGGUUUUUAUAUUCAAGUACUAUGUUCAAUAUGUUGUGUUUGUGAGAUGAUGGUGGGGUUGGAGGUGUGGGGCGGGGGGGGGGGGGGGAAGGGGGAGAUCCACCCUCAAGCCAACGUGAUGUCGAUCCAGACGCGGAGGAGAGAAUUUUGAAAGUUUGCACGUGGAGGAAAGUGGGAAAAAGUAUUCACUCGUUUGGAAGAUGUUCAAAAACGCCUUUUGGCUCCUUUAAAAAAAAAAAAUGCAAAAUUUACCGUUUUGUCCUCUUUGUGACUGCACAUGUCACAAUAUUGAUCCUCUGAAGAUGUUUAGCUAAAUAUGUAGCCCUCCAAUACUUUUACACAGAAACUAUGUAGCUAUUUACUUUAUUUCUGGCAGUAAAACGAUAAUAAUAAGCUGUAAGUGUGUAGAGGAAUUGUACGGUACUUCUGGGAUGUCUUCGUAGAACAUAAUUACUACAUGUAAUGUUGAAUGUUUAGAUUUUUAUUUUAUUUUAUUUUUUUUGCUGCUCAAAAGUACAUAAUGUGAGCGAAACACUCCCCCCCCCUGCUUUCUAUUACAAGUACUUCAAUUAUAAAUGAAAUGUAAAGUAAUAAAUACGACCAAAC